AUGGCCAUCACUGGGACCUCUGGAUUUGUGAUCCCAAUGCGAUCACACGUCUCAGCAGCAGCAUCAGCAGCAACAGUAAAUACGAGAACAAGUCAAUUGUAUUCCGAGAUUACACCGAACGAAAUCAAGCUGCAGCUUGAGAAAUAUCUGAAAAAGCGGGAAGAACUAAAUGCGGAUGAAAUCGAAAAAGCAGAACGAGGCAAAGUCCUGGGAGGUACCAAAGGCAACAAGGUAUUGGAUUUCAUCAGUGGUGCGCCUUCCAAAGAAUUUGUGAUUGAAGAUGUUCCCAACGUCUUUGACUAUGAUCAAUUGACCAAGUAUGGGUAUUCCAGUUUGGUAACUCCGAUCAUGGAACUCGGUGGUCGUCGAGCCGUUUACGACUUGAUGGGAAUGAAAGCGCCACCGACAAAAGGUCCUCCUCCUAAGGUGGUGACUCCCAAGAUUGUGAUUGAUCGCACGGGAGCCGAUGACGAGGGACGAUACUCUGGACUUAAGAUGGGUCUAGGUAUGGACGAUGAUGCCAUGGCAGAAGCAUUGGCGAAGGCUAGCCAGAAAUCCAAAGAAGGCAAAGGUUUGCGGAAAAGAAUAAUGGAAGAAACUUACGAACAACCAUUCGCUGACAAGAGAAAUGUUGGACCGAGACAGACUCCUGACUGGACACCAGAAGCCAUUGAUGAACUCACGAAGAAACAAGGUCAAGCUCAGUCAUGGGCUAGACGGUCACGAGCCAAUCGAAUGGUGACAGACGAUGGUGAACUAUUGGUGCUCAAUUUUCCAAUGACAGCCUAUUGUCUCUUCACAUCCUUUCUGUCUGCAUUUGCCUAUGGAAAGUCAACACCAACCUUCUUGAACAUGGUCGGGAUGUCGGACACCACCUUUUCUGAUCUCUUGCAAGCGCCCGGUUUGAUAUUGAUUCUCACAUGCAUUGGUUCCAGUUUUUACAGUGCUUCAGUUUUGGCGCCGCCACUAAACAGAAGUUCUCUAGUGUGGGCAUUCAAGGGGCUUUGUGGUGGUCCGUUUGCAAUCCUGGAACUUCGUGAGCUGGACCCUUUGAUUUCAAGAGCCGAGUAUGACAAGGAAAACAACAACACUGGCUUAUAA